AUAUGGUGGAAAACAGGGUAGUUUUAGAAAAAAAGCAAAGAUCUAAAAACCAAAUGGGUAAUCACAGCAGCUCCAGCUGGCAUCAAGAAAUACAGAAAUACCCUCACAAUGAAAAACUGGUUGAGUUGUACAUCUCAUUAUGCGACUAUGGGAUACUUAACAAAGACCUAUUUCAAAAACAUUUUUCUUUACCUAAUACUCCGUUAGCAUCAAACUUGUUUGAAAGAUAUUUUAUAGAUUUACUUAACUCUUGUGCACAGACACGAUUAAUGUUUGUUGAAAGAUCGCAUGCUAUUUUGCAGAAUGCUGAUAACAAUUCCAUUGAAAACCUGCAAUUCUACUUUGACUUGAUUAUUGAUGAGAAACGAGAUCUUGAUCAUCACGAUUUAAAAUUGAUAGUUUUAAAUUGUAUACAAGUUGGAAUAACUCAAGCCGAUAGUAUGGCUAAUACUAAUAUGGACUCUUUAAUAAAUGAUUAUUUGGUUGAUGGAAUAGCAAGUGGCUGUUUAAAUGGUGCUUCUACAGUUUCUCGUAAUGAUGUUAUUUCUUGGUUGAACUCUAACUGUAAGAAUAUAUUUUCUGGUUUUCAAACCUGGCUUCAGCACAAAUUUACGGGUUUGUCACAGAAAGGGAAAUUUGAAAUGCUUUCACUACCCCAAGAGUGUUUAACAAUCAAUUCGCUACUUACACCUGCUGUUCUGUGGUAUUUGUGUUCUGUUUUACCUUCGUGUUUUACCAUAUAAACUUUUUAUAAGAAACUUUUUCUUAACCUCAA